AUGAAAGAAAUAUUUAAGAACGCGGUCUCGGAAGCUGAGGAAAAAGAGGCUGAAGAAAAUGAUGGCUUACCCAGUGAAGAUUGGGCUUUUCAUAAGGUUGUUGAUUCUGUUGAUUCACCGAAACGGAGAAAGGUUACUUCUCAGAAAAAUAUCGAGUUAGAAAAAGAGGAUCCAAAUUACUAUGAUCAAGAACUUAUUGAUCAAGUCCAUAAUCUUGAAGACAUGCUUUAUCGAGUUUUGACGGGUAACGAAGAAUCCGCAUGGAGAUACCGAGAUUUUAUUGAAGGUGGUAAAAAACGAAAUCAACUUGCAAAAAAAGUAUCUCCCGGACCUUUUAGCUUAAGCGAAUUUGGCAUGAUUGCUAAAGUUUUGAGAAGUAUGUUUAUACCUGAGAUCGCUGAAUCUAUUGAUCGACAAGAAAAGAUAGUUUCUCCGAAAAAGAGAAAGAGGGUUGAUAGAGGAUUCGAAAACAACUUGAACGAAUUGCCAUCAUCAAAAAACAUACCAGAGAAUUCCAUUUUUUACAACUAUUCAAAAGACUUAAAACUUCGGUUUAUAGGUGACGUUUUACUUCCCGAAGUUAUUAUCAGGCUUAUAAUGGAUGAAGAAGAAAUUGAUUAUGAUUCAGCAGAUCAACGAAUGUUGACAGGAUACGAUGAUUCGAAGUGGGUAGAGAAUCUUAUGGCAGCAAGAAUCAGCUUUCAAGUUGGGUGGCAAAAAGUUGAAUUGGACGAGAAGGCAAAAAAUUCAAGUAAUGAGACAUCUGGCUCUGGAUAUACAAAUAGUGGUUCAAGUAACG